AUGUCGGUGGCCGAGGGAGAAUCGGCUCGUGUGUUGACGGCCGAAAUCGAAACCCUCCUGCACAAGCAGGCAAUCAGAGUGGUACACGGGGGGGAGAGCCAUCAGGGCUUCUAUUCCCGUUAUCUGCGUGUAUUAAACAGGCACCUCAGAAAGUAUUCAUUUAAGAUGCUGACACACAAGGUGCUGUGUCGAUCGAUUCGUCCAGGCGAUUGGUUCGUGACGAUAGAUCUGGCGGACGCGUAUUUUCACAUAGAUAUUUAUCCCUCUCACAGGAAAUUCCUCAGGUUUGCAUACCGGGGCACAGCAUACGAAUUUCAGACUAUACCGUUCGGGCUGUCGUUAGCUCCGAGGGUUUUUACCAAAUGUGUGGAGGCAGCCCUGUUCCCGUUGAGGGACAAGGGCAUAAGGAUAUUGUCUUACAUAGACAAUUAUCUGAUAUGCUCGUCGUCUAGGGGGCAAGCCAUAAAAGACGCAGAAAUUGUCCUGAAUCACCUCAGAGACCUGGGUUUCAGGAUAAAUAUGAUGAAGAGCCGGCUGGUGCCCUCUCAACAUACAGAGUAUUUAGGGCUCAACUUGGACUCCCUGUCGUAUCGAGUCACAUUGACGGAAGAGAGAGUAGCGUCUUUCACACAAUGUCUCGCUCGUUUUCAGAGGGGACGAGUGGUCUCGUACAAGCUGUGCUUACGAAUGCUGGGGCUUAUGGCUUCGGUGGUCGCAGUGGUGCAUUUGGGGCUACUCAAAAUGAAUGAUUUUCAGCGCUGGAUCGCACGCUUGCGUCUGUGCUCUCGCCAGCACCUCAGCCGACCGGUGAGAGUCAAUCAUGCGUGCGUCGAAGCGCUCAGACACUGGAAAGCCCCUGUGACGCUCAGAUCGGGGAUUCCCUUGCGGGCGGUGUCAUCUAGAGUAACUAUGACAACGGACGCGUCCUUAAAGGGUUGGGGAGCAACCCUAAUGGGCAGGGCUGAUCGUGUGGAGCGACACACGGCUUCUGUCUCUCCGGGCGACUCACGUUCCGGGGAUCUUGAACAGAGGGACAGACUUACUGUCCAGGGGAAAUCCCCUUUACGGGGAGUGGAAACUCCAUCCUCAGGUGGUGAGCCAGGUAUGGCAGAGGUACGGUCAGGCUGCCGUCGAUCUCUUCGCCUCGCGAGAAAAACAUUGUCCUCUGUAUUUCUCUCUGGUGGACGAAAAUGCACCGUUGGGUGUGGAUGCUCUGGCCCAUCGGUGGCCGGACGUGCUUCUGUAUGCAUUUCCCCCUCUGAGCUUAAUCUCCCCCACUUUAGCCAGAGUGAGGGAGCAGUGCCUGUCAUUGAUUCUGAUAGCCCCAUGCUGGCCAUCCCGACAUUGGGUGGCGGAGAUAGUCCAACUAUUGUCGGAGCAGCCGUGGCCCCUCCCCCCACGGGGGGACCUUUUGUCUCAGGCGGGAGGGGAGAUUUACCAUCCUCAUCCGGACAUGUUAGCCCUCUGGGCUUGGCCCGUGAGAGGUGGAAUCUGAAUGCGGCGGGCUUGCCCUCGUCAGUUAUACAUACUAUACAGAGUGCGAGAGCCUCCUCUACCCGCGCUCUUUAUAAUAAUAAAUGGCGUGUGUUUGAAGAAUGGUGUGGGCGGAGAGUGAUUAUCCCUUUUCAGUGCUCUGUUAGGGAUAUAUUAUGCUUCCUCCAAGAUCUGCUCGAUAAAAGGAAGGCUUUCUCCACCAUUAAGGUGUACCUGGCAGCUAUUUCAGCCUGCCAUGUAGGUUUUGGUAACAAGUCAGCAGGCCAGCACCCUUUAAUAAGUCGUUUUAUGGAGGGGGCACACCGCUUAUGGCCGGUGUCUAGGCGGUUGGUUCCUUUGUGGGAUUUGCCCAUCGUCUUAGAAGCCUUGUCUCGACAUCCUUUCGAGCCAAUGGAGGCAGUGAGUCUUAAGUAUCUCUCUCUUAAGAUGGCACUGCUCCUGGCUUUGGUGACAGCCAAGCGUGUGAGUGAUUUACAUGCUUUGUCUGUUAGCCAGUCUUGCUUACAAUUCGCUCCGGGGCUCACUAAAGUCACUUUUCGUCCUAACCCUGCUUUUGUGCCCAAGGUUUUGGAGUCGACAUAUAGGUGUCCGUCUACCGAACUGGCGGCUUUUCAGCCUCCAUCGUUUUCUUCUCCGGAGGAGCGGAGACUUCAUACAUUAUGCCCGGUGCGGGCUCUUCAUGUGUAUGUGGACAGGACAGCUGGUUUCAGAACUUGUGAACAGCUGUUUGUGUCCUGGGCUACUCCUCACACAGGGAAACCGUUAUCUCGACAGCGGCUUUCCCACUGGAUUGUGGAGGCGAUAUCUGUGGCUUAUGGUUGCAGGGGUCUUCAGCCCCCUGAGGGGUUGAGAGCCCACUCCACUAGGGGUAUGGCCAUGUCGUGGGCUUUACUCAGAGGGGUUUCCGUUCUGGACAUUUGCUCGGCGGCGUGUAGGCUAGACGUUGGGGAACCGUCCUUAGCACACGCAGUGCUGGGUGCCGGGACUACUGUACCCGUUUGGAAACAGUAA